GCCGCAUUGAGUGAGUAAAGAUGGCGGCCUCCUUGGUGAGAUUUGUCCGCAGCGGUUUAGGCAGAAGUCUAAACGUUACUAAACAGAGCGCUGGGUUUCUCCAGACUAGAUCAACGACAACCGAGACCAGGCCUACAGUUAGGCCGCAGGAUCCUGUCACUCACACUCAGCUGUCAGAGUUUGGAGAAUAUAUUGCAGAGAUACUUCCCAAAUAUGUGCAGCAAGUUCAGGUGACCUGCUAUAAUGAGCUGGAGGUUAUGAUCCACCCAGAAGGUGUUAUACCUGUUCUCACCUUCUUGAGGGAUCACUCAAAUGCUCAGUUCCGCAACAUGAUUGACCUUACAGCUGUUGAUGUCCCUACAAGGCAGUGCCGCUUUGAGCUUGUGUAUAAUCUGCUCUCCCUGCGCUAUAAUUCUCGUAUCCGAGUGAAGACCUACACUGAUGAGCUCACUCCGGUUGACUCCGCUGUCCCUGUGCACCAGGCAGCUAACUGGUAUGAGAGAGAGGUUUGGGACAUGUUUGGAGUUUUCUUCGCAAACCAUCCAGACCUAAGACGCAUCUUAACAGAUUAUGGAUUCGAGGGUCAUCCAUUCAGGAAAGACUUUCCUUUGUCUGGAUACGUGGAGCUACGUUAUGAUGACGAAGUGAAGCGAGUUGUGGCUGAACCUGUCGAGCUUGCACAGGAGUUUCGUAAGUUUGAUUUGAACAGUCCAUGGGAAGCUUUCCCUGCAUACAGGGAGCCCAAAGACACAUCCAAGCUGGAGUCUGGGGACAAACCAGCCAAGUAACUCCUUCAUGCUGUGACCCAGGAGAGCUGUAAUCAUACCCUCUGAUUAAUCCUCAAAGUAUUUAUGUAAAUACAAGACUCUGUACUACAUCUAAAUAAAUAAUGUUAAAC